AUGGAACGUUUGCAUCUUAAAUAUUUGCAUAUCACGUUCAAAUUUAAUUUUACAGAACGAACUUAUGUAUAUGAUCUGACACAAUAUACUAAACGACAACAUCUUUUUGAUACGAUUUGUAAAGAUGCUGAAUGUUUUGUUCAUCGAGUAUGUGGACGAACAUCAGCAAAAACUAUGGACCAAUAUAGUUUAUUACUUUAUCGUCUAGACGAACGUACUCCUUAUUUACAUUUGAUAACUGAUUAUUAUGGAUUAGAAAAUGAAUGUAUUAUUCAAAUUGUUCCUAUUGAAUGUUCAAAAAGUGAACGAACUAUCGAACCGAUAUCUUCUCAUAUAACUCCUCAACCAUGUGGUAAAUGUCAAAAAUUUAUUGCAGGUGAAAUGCUUGAUAAUGCACAUUGGUGUAAAAAAUGUCGAAUUGUCUAUCAUCAAAGUUGUGCACCUACUUUUUCUCAUCAAUGUAAUCAAAAUGAUUUACAACGACCUCCUCCUGUUCCACUUCGGAAUAGAAGAAUAACUCGACAUAGUAUUAAAAAUCCUUCUGGUACAACUGGUCAAGACGAACAAAUUGAUAAUGCUAAUUUACUUUAUUUUAUUAAUUAUGAAAAUAUUUAUCGACGAGGUCAUUUUAUAGUUACACGCUCAGAAUUAAUUCUUCAUACAUAUGCUGCUGUUAUUAGAUUUGAUGAAAUUAAAUUAGUUCGAUUUGUUUAUGAUAAACCAGAGUCACAUACAUUCGAAAUAAUUUGUUAUAAUGGUACAAUUAUUUGUAUAGGACAUGGUCAUCAAUCAUCACCUAUGACAGAUGAAAUUCGUUUAAUAACUGAUCAAUUUUGUUCACAUGUUCAUUUACAAUGGGAAUCGCUUAAAACAUCUUCUAGGAAAUCAUUCGGAUCAACUAAAUCUGAUAAAAUGAUAUCAGAAUAUAAACGAAAACUAGUUCCAAUUGGCUAUCAAUAUGGACCUGAAGAUGAAUCAAAUGAUCAUAUGCAAGAAUUAUAUGAAUUUACAUAUGAAAUUAUUGGUCAAGGUAGUUUCGGUACUGUGGAAGCUGCCAUUCGUCGAUCGACACAUCAACCAGUUGCUGUUAAGCGAAUCGAUUAUACAAAAUGGCAAGAACAAGGAAGGACUUCAAAUGAAAUUGAUAUAUUAUAUCAACUUAAACAUCCAAGUAUUCUUACAUUUCAAUCAUGUUUCUCUCGUCAUGAUGGUGUAUAUAUAUUUACUGAACGAAUGGAAUUUGAUCUAUUUGAUUAUAUAACAAAACCACCAAAUUUAGGUCGAUUAAGAGAAUCAACUUCAAAAUAUAUUAUUUAUCAAAUUCUUGUUGCUGUUAGUUAUUUACAUCAAAAAAAUAUUUGUCAUUGUGAUAUAAAACCAGAAAAUCUUCUACUUAAUGUAAUACAAACAUCAACAGCAUGCAAACGUGAACAUGUCAAAUUAGCUGAUUUUGGAAUGUCAAAAUAUAUUCGUGAUACUUCACUACGUCGUAGUCAAGUUGGAACAAGACCAUAUAUGGCUCCUGAAUUGUACCAUUCAUAUGAACGAGGAUAUAAUAAAUCAGCUGAUCUAUGGGCAGUUGGCAUUGUUCUUUAUGCUUGCUUGUCAGGAUGUAUUCCAUUUGAUCCAAAUGAAAUUGACAAAGCUGAACAUUUAGUUAAUAAUUUUGUAUCUAUGUAUCCAUAUAAAGAAUGGAAACAUAUUUCAGACAAUGCCAUUUCAUUUCUUUCAAAAAAUUUACUUGUUGCUGAUCCAACACAGCGAACAAAAGCGGAGAAGAAUCUUAUUAAUAAAUGGUUUACUGAUGAUCGACAAUUACGAAAUAAUUUAAGAGAAUUAGAAAUAAUGAUAAAAAUGGAUAAUGAACCAUAUUGGUUAACUAAAUAUUUACCAUAA